ACACCACCGGAGAGCGUUAGCGCGUGCGCUGUCGUGCGCACGUAUGGUUGUGUGCGUAAAAACGAGGCGUUCGUUUUCUGCCGAGGAAGAUUUGUUUUCUUCCAGCAUUUGGCGUUUGGGAUCACGAGAAAAAAAGAGUGAAGCAAAAGCAAAAUGUGUCACCGCGGCAGCAGCAGCCAGGCCGGACUGGUGCCGUAAUUAAACGCGCAGGGAGCGAAAGCAAAAACGGGGGGCCCAUUUCGGGCGUCGGUCUCCCGGAAAGGUUAACUCUUUCUGUUUUAGUUUCGGCGCCUGGCACAUAUGGUGCGUUUCGGUAGUGCAGAAGGGCGUUCGGUUGAGGAGAGUCAAUUUCUCGGUGCGAGCGUUCUCGGGCAGCGGCGACAGUGCUUUGGGACGCAGAAUGGUUAGCGUUUGUGGGGUUUGAUAUCUUGGCAAAUUAAAACGCACGGCGGUGCAGAUGCGUCUAGACCGCGCGGGGGAUAGUGUUCUUUGCCGUUCGUUUGUGCUAAUGCUUGACUUAUCGGAAAGUGAAAAGUGUGAAACGUGUUUUGAAGCAAUCAAUUUCAUCGAUUUUUCUCACCCUGCUUGGUCGGUGCUGCACGGGGAGAGCUUUCAGCGUGUGCCGUACGAAUGUGAAGCAAAGCAAGGCAGAAAUGGAAGAGCCUUCUCUGUAGAAGCGAUUAGCACUCGUUUGUGUGAUUAAUUGGGCAUAGCUCAAAAUAACAUUGACCACGAAGGAAAGAAAGAAGUGCGCGAUUGAAUUGAACGAAGCAGUAUCGUCCAUCGAGUCUUGAAUCCCCAGUUACGGAACCCAAAGUGUGCACAACCGAUAACUUCAUCCGAUUGGCCGUGAAGCGGAACAUAAAAGCAAAAGAGUAAAAGGGGGGCCCCACAAUAGAAGGACACACACAUACACACACGUACGCUUCCAGAAAGAAAGAAAGAAAGAAAGGAAAAGCAGUAAGCGAGAGACUAAAACAGAAAACUCACCAACUCUACCAUCCAACUGUACUUUUUCGGGACUGUCCCCUCAUCAUUAAGACGCGCUGGGAGCGCAGCAGUACGCAUUCGGAACGCAUCGUGCAAACCGUGUCAACGGAUCGGUACCAUCGUCGAGCGCGGCCGCGUCAGGCAAGUGCGGUGUCUCGCCCAACGGAUAACCGCCGUCAUCGCGGUUCGUCGUGUCAAACGCGCCAACAUUGCUGCAAUAAUUGGGAUACUAGAGCCGUGUUUGCGUAACAAGGAGGAGAGGAGAGCAGCAAUCGGGGUCCGAUCACGCUUUGACACCAGUCAGCGUAGUACUACGGGGCGGAGGCUGCAAUCACCCAGCAAAAGGUGAACGAUUGGUGGAUGAUGCUUGUGUAUUUUUAUAAGAUUGACGAAUGCAACACUAGCCAUCCGUUGGACGUUGAGGCGCGCACGUGAAAGCAAUACAAUGAAACAAUGCAUCAAGAAUGCACUCGCUUGUACGCGACAAUUUUCGACACAACAAACCGAUCGCGAGCCUAAUUAAUUACGCGCGAAACUGAAGACUGAGAAGGAGGGUAGUAGGCAAAAGGAUUGGCGCGCAGUGCAGAUGCAAGGACGACGACACCAUUGAUCGCGUGCUACUACGUCACUCUAUCACAACCCCAGAGCAACCACCGACCGGAGCAAUUGAGAAAGAUCCUGUUUGAGUGAUCAAAAAGAUGCUACAGCUUGCAUAAUAUUCGGAAGGAAAUUCUUCACCAUAUAGGCACGGAGACGGUGAACGGUCAGGAGCAGGGGAAAAUAAUGAAUUCUGAUGAUAUUUACGAAAAUCUUCCCUGUCACACCGAUGAGGCAUUGCGGAACGGGAACGGAACGUCAACUACCGGCAACAGAGUGUCGUCUGUGAUGAUGGAGGGAGGAGGAGGAGGAGUAGGAGGAGUAGUAGCAGGAGGUCGGAAUCGAUCCAGUGCCGAGGGUGACGAACACGGCGAAGGCAAGGUGCAAAAUAAUCUCGCCCUCAACAGCAAGGACAUGUUGUAUGCGACGCCGUUGAAAAAAUCCGAACGACCGGUAAAGGUGCUAAACAAUGCACCGGCGAUGCAGAAUGGGAAUGGUGUUGGCGGUGGUAGCCGGCAGAACACGGCCACGGCCAACGCUGGCACCUUCAGUGGCGAAGCGGAGCGCGACACGAAGAUCAUCAAUGCCGAGCUGGAGGAUCGACGGAUACGGGACUUUCUGAAGGAUACGUCCCAAAUGCACAAGAAAAUCGAGCUUCACAAAACGUACCAAAGUUCGAACUUUUCCUACCUCGCGCGAAAGGAACACUUUGCCGAUCUGGUGCAGCGCAACGUGAACAGCAGCAAUGGGGCGGCGGCUGACCAUCACUACCCAGAGCCGGCUGGUGAUGGUGGGGAUGCUACCGGGGACGAACCCGACUCGUCGGCAGCACUAGCGGUGGCGGCCGUUGGUGGGUACAAGACACUGGCCGGCGAGGAAGAGGACAAAAACUUAGAUCUCGACAUCAAUGAAUCGCUGAACGAGUUGGAGGCGCGCUGCAAUGAAAAGCUUGAGAUGCUGGCCAAGCUAAACCGCACACGGUCGAGCACUGCGACCGAGCAACGAUCCCAGGAGGACAACGAACAGCAGGCCGAUCUGCAGGGUGCGCAGUUGAUGGUGGGCGGCGACGAGGGAGAUGCGGGGGUCGUUCCCAAACCGUCGGCCCCACCGCUUUCCGCACUUACCACGGAUCGGGGAUCGAAGGCCGGUGGUGGCAGCAACAACUUAACCGAUCCGAAUGCAGGCGGCGCUGGAAGCGGCGAGGCGAUAAUUAGCGCUCAUCUGAACCGCGAGUGGGUGCUGAAGAAGAUUGCCAUGUGUUUGGAGCAACGGAUAUCGAAGAAACCGGUGCCUCCGGUACCAACGGUCGGGGCAGGAGUUACGCAGCCCACGGAAGGGGCAUCCACACCUUCCGCUUCGUCUGUACCUCCAGCCGGACCAGGAGGAUAUUUUGCCCGGAGCGGCCAAGCGGCGGCAGCUAGCGGAGUGCCACCGACGGAUGGAGGGGGGCACCAUCGGGGUGGAGAGAAUGGACUGCCUUCGCUCGGUUACCUUGUGCUGGGCUCAAACGGGUCGGGCAAAACGUCGAUUUGUAACGACAUCAUCGAGGGAACGUCGGGCACGAAAGGAAUGCUCAACAGGCGGCUGCUGGCAUGCUACUUUGUCAACUCACAGAAUCCCGAGUGCCACAGCUUGAGUAUGUUCAUUCGGAGCAUCAUUUUGCAAAUUUUAAGCCAUUCAAGCUACGUGAACAGCACAGGCAGCUGUGGCGUUGGUCCACCGGAGCUAAUCAACCUGUCGGAAGUAUCCGUGGAAGCGAACGAACUGCAGCCGGUCAAUACUAGCAACGAUUGUCUGCCGGAAGCGGAUCAGCAACAGCUUAAAGCGGAGCCGGCAUUACUCCAACCGGCAGGCGAUAGCCACGGCUCUAAUCAACCUGCGACAACGGACGCGACGGACGGUUCGAACGAAGCCGUCGAUAAGGAGUUGGAGGAUGCGAUUAGAACGGAAAUGAAAAUUAAUGAGCGAGUGGCCGAAUUCUGCUCCAAUCGCAAGAAAGUAUCGCGCCAGCAAUCGGAACCGGUAGAAAGUUUAAGCCGUGACCGGGAACAACCGAACUAUCCGUACAAAACGCAUCCGCCUGCAGUGGCGAAAGCGGGGUCCGGCAUUGCAGGAGCGGAAGAGUCGAAUGACGAUGAAAAGCUGGACAAAGCGACGAUGAGUCCGGGCAGGCCGGCGAAGGUGUCCAAGAUUCCAAUCGCUAUUGGCAGUACGAUUCGGAGUCCAAAAAAGAUGUCACCAACAAAGGAAGAUGACAGCGGUAGGCAGGAACAGCAGGACAAGGGCCAUCCGGGUACGAAACCGACCCCGGAGGAGGAGGAUGACACUAUCCUCGAAGGUGGUGGAGAAGCGAUUGCCGAAGGCGAUAUGAGUGAUAUUAAGUUGGUGGAGGAUGAAGAAGAGGACGCGGUUGUAAAAUUGGACGAAAGCGAGAAAGCGAAACAGUCAGAACCGAUGGUUACGCCAGAACAACCGGCAGCGCGGAACGAUUCGGAGGAGAAGAAACAGCAUACGAUGCGUACGACGAAGCUGAUGGAAACGAGCAUACCGCCUCCGCUGCCAAAGUCGAAAAACUGUCGCCAGGUAAUAGCGGACGGGUACUACGAGAUGCUGCUCAGCAAUCCGGACAUUUUCGAAUCGCUUACGGUAGACAGCAUCGAGAAGAAUCCGGACGAUUGCUUCAAGAAGGCGAUACUGUUCCCACUGCUGGAGCUGUGUCCGCCGAAAAACGCGCUUCUGUUGCUGAUUGACUCGAUCGACGAGAACUACAUCCAGGACGGCAAUCUCAUAUCGACGCUGAAGGGCAAGCAGGUAACGAAGAGCCGCAAUAUAGCGGAACUGCUCUCGAACCACAUCCACCUGAUGCCGAAAUGGCUGUUCAUGGUGUGUACGGCUAAAAAGCAGAACAAAAACAUCACCAAACUGUUCACCGGGUUCAAGAAGCUAACGCUGGAUGAUCUGCGCAAGUCGCACGUGGUGAAGGACGUGCAGCAGUACAUCAUCAACCGGCUGAACACGGACUUCCGGGGCAUCAAUCUUACCAAAGACAUCAUCGAGAGCCUCAACCAGCUGUACAUCAAGUCGAACGGGUGUCUGCUGUAUCUGUACAAAGUGCUGAACGGGAUAAGGGAAAACUUUUUCACCUUCCGCGAGAUUAAGCUGAUACCGUGCACGCUGAACGGUUUGUACCUGUACAUAUGCCAGAAGUCCUUCAACAAGAAGCAGUACAGCAAGAUCCGCCCGAUUCUGAACGUGUUGCUCGUGUGCAACAGCUACGUGGACAAGUACUUCAUCUACAACUGUCUCCGCACGCACAACUACACGCUGGAGAUGGAGGACUUUGAGCGGCGGCUCGAGCUGAUGCGCAACAUCGUGGAGUACAGCCCGCUCAACCCGUGUGCCGUGCGGAUCUUCCACAACUCGUUCUGCGACUGGCUGAUCGAUGUGAAGUUUAGCACGAAAAAGUUUCUGUGCGAUCUGAACGAGGGGCACGUGAUGGUAUCGAUGUACUACACGGUCGUGGCGGACGAGAUCUGUCCGAACAAGCUGCGGCUGUAUCUGUACCAUCUGAUCAAGACGGGCGAGUAUCUGACGAGCAAAAAUGUGGAUCUCGAUCUGCUGCUGAUCUUGCUCGAGACGAAAUCGAACCUGAGCGACUGCUUCUACACCAACCUGCUCAACUGCUGCGCGAUGUGCGAGGACGAAUGCCGGAACGACAUCAAUCUAUCCGCACGCACCAAGUACAUGCUGGAUCGUUUCCUCAACGGUCAGCUGGGCGAUGACUUUAUGAUCUUUUUGAAUGAUUUCUUCAAGCCCAACCUGCCGACGGACUGUAAGGUGCUGAAGCUGCUGAUCGAGACGGGCAUCAACAAUGCAGACACCGCGCUGUCGUGCGAGUCAUCCGCGAUCAAUUCGCCCGUGCUGUCGGAUCGCUCGCAGAACAUCGAUUCGGAGCUGGCGGAACUGUUGAUCUCGAGUGAGAAGAGCUGCCAGCAGGAGCUGCAAAAGUCCAUCAAUCUGGAGCUGCUGGACUGUACCGGUGCUGUCGGUGGUGGUGGUAGCAUGUUGGACGGCGCACUGCUAGCCAGGGACGGUGGGGCGGGUCGUGUUUCGGCAGAACUUGCGCGCCAUCGAUACAGUGCAGGACCAUCAAUUACCAGUGGCGGUGUCGGUGGUGGUGAUGGAGGCAGUAGUGCACUGGGCGAUUCAAAAUCGGACAUCCAGAACGAUCGCGUCGGUAGCGGUGUGCAGUGCGACAUGUUUGAGGGCGAGAUGCACAAGGGCAAAGCGCUGAUUCACAUUCUGGCGAACGAAGGAAACCAUACGCUGCUGGAACGAGCGUUGAAUGCCUGCAAAGAUCCAAUCGAUCUGGAAAUUGAAGAUCUCAACGGACAGACGGCACUCAACAUAGCGGCAAGGAACGGUCAUCAGGAGAUUGUAAAGCUGCUGCUUACCUACAAACAACCGCUGCGCGACGGCACCGGUCGGUAUCGAAUGAUUGACGUGAACCAUGCGGACCGUGACGGCUGGACACCGUUACGGUCCGCUUCCUGGGGUGGUCACACCGAGGUGGUGAAGCUGCUCAUCGAAACGGGUGUGUGUGCAAUUGAUCGGGCGGACAAGGAAGGCCGUACGGCGCUGCGGGCGGCGGCCUGGAGCGGCAACGAGGACAUCGUUAAGAUACUGAUAGAAGCCGGCGCAAACGUGAACUCGAUCGAUAAGCAGGGACGUACCUCACUGAUCGCUGCUUCGUACAUGGGCCACUAUGAUAUCGUGGAGAUACUGCUGGAGAACGGGGCGGACGUAAAUCACACGGAUCUGGACGGCAGGAAUGCGCUGUGUGUGGCUGCACUGUGUGGCAGCUCGGGGUACAGUCGGGUAAUCUCGACGUUGCUAGAGUACGGCGCGAAUACGGACCAGACGGACAACGAAGGCAUGUCACCGCUGUUGGUGAGCUCGUUCGAAGGCAAUGCCGAGAUCUGUGAGCUGCUGCUGGAGAACGGAGCCGAUCCUGACAUGGCCGACAACAUGGGCAGGACACCGCUGUGGGCCGCGUGUACCUCGGGCCAUGCGAAUGUGGUCAAGCUGCUGCUGUUCUGGGGCUGCGGCAUUGAUUGUAUGGAUUCGGAGGGCCGUACGGUGCUGAGCGUAGCGGCGGCACAGGGCAAUCUGGAGACGGUGCGACAGCUGCUGGAUCGAGGCUUGGACGAGACGCAUCGUGACAAUGCAGGCUGGACACCGUUGCACUAUGCGGCCUUCGAAGGGUACGCCGAUAUCUGCGUGCAGCUGCUCGAAUCAGGCGCCAAGAUCGAUGAGUGUGACAAUGAGGGCAAGGCGGCGCUUCAUCUCGCUGCCCAGGAAGGCCACAAUGCCGUGAUGGAGGCAAUCCUGAACAUUCAUCGACCGUGCAUCGACCAGCGCGCGCACGAUGGCAAGACGGCGUUCCGUUUAGCGUGCUUGGAGGAACACUUUGAGUGUAUUCAAACGCUGCUGAAGUUUGGUUGUGAUAUCAACUCGAAGGAUGCCGAUUCGCGUACCACACUGUACAUUCUGGCACUGGAGAACAAGCUGAAGGCGGUCAAGUUCUUGCUGGAAUAUUCGAACGCGGACGUAAACAUUCCGGAUAGCGAGGGACGGACGGCACUGCACGUGUCCGCUUGGCAAGGCCACGCCGAGAUGGUGAAGCUGCUGAUAACACUCGGUAACGCUGAUGUUAAUGCGAUGGAUUUGGAAUCUAGAACACCGUUGCAUUCCUGUGCGUGGCAAGGCAACCACGAAGUGAUGCAGCUUUUGCUGUACUACGGUGCCGUUCCGGAUCAUGCCUGCAAACAGGGCGCAACGGCGCUGGGCAUUUCUGCACAGGAAGGACACGAAAAGUGCGUCAGCUACUUGCUGAAGUACGGUGCCAAUCCGUACAAGUCGGAUCACUGCGGACGAACGCCGAUCAAGCUGGCGGCUAAGUCGAACCGUAACAAUGUGCUACGCAUACUCGAAAACUUCACCAAAAAUGAUUUGGAUUGUGGCAAGAUGAUGCAUCCCCAUCUGAAUUUGAAAUCGCCGGAUGAAUUACCUCCGUGCAGUUCCAUACACAAUCCUUCGCCGUCGUCGGGCUAUCCGAACAAUCCGAACCUGCUGAUGCCGGCCGGUGGCGGUGGUGGUCCGGCAAUGCUUAACGUAUCGUCGACCAACUCCAACACCACCAGCUCUACAACACAGAAUAACAAUUUCUACGAAAACACGAUGCACUCGGACACGAGCAGUCUGCAGAAGCGUAAAAGUGUCAUCUCUAGUCAAUCCACCGGUAGCAGUAAUGAGCAAGCGCCGAUGUCGUUUACGCAGCAACUUCAGAAACAUUCGCGCCAUCACAACUCGAAAUCGCAUCACAUCGUACAGCAACAGCACCAACCGCAUCAUCAGCAGCAAACGUCUUCGUCCUCGGUGGCGAAGUUUUCGAACAAAAAACAUUCCCAGGUACUGCCGAAUGUCGAGGAGUACCAAGCAAAUAUAGCGUCUAACAUUCGCAUCAAUCCGAACGAUGCCGAUCUGUUCGAUCUGGGAUGUAUGUCGCCACUGUACGCGACGCCACCGCAUUCGCCGAGCAGUGAAAUCAGCUCUCCGGGACAAAAUCAGCCACCGUCCUCGUUGGCCCUGCUCGGCAAGCAGUUUGAAGAGAUGAACAUCAGCCUUUCGAACAACAGUACGAUUAUGAACCCGCACGAUAACCACUUUGCCCGAGAUACGCACAUGCGUAUCAUUCUCGGCAACAAUCAGAAGGAGAGCGGUCAACUACAGGGAACGAGCGGUGGUGCCGGAGGUGGAGGAAAAUCAUCCAAACGCAGCGGAAUUGCAACCAAUCCGGCGAUGCGUUUGAUACGCAAUCGUAUAGAUUCCGCGGCGCAGCUUAUCCGCCGCACAAACAACAUGCUAUCGAGUAGUGGAAAUAACCAAGGCUCAUCCAGUAUUGGGGUGAAAUCGGGCACGUUCCAGUGGCGCAAAGAGAGCCAGAUGUAAUUGGUUGAACUGGCGCAAAUCAAACAGGGAUGUAAAAUUGACCUACCUACUAACAGCGUGUGCAAACAGGUGAGCAGCAGUGGGUAGCAGCUUCAUUCAGAUCGGACCCCUCGAAAACGUGGUAAAACAAAGCAAUGUGUGUUAUAGCAUGUGGUCCACACGUGGCGGUGGAAUGGAAACGGUGUUGUUGCGCGGCGUUGGAAUGUUUAUACAUAUGAUACUCUUUCCUCCUUCCCCCCUGGCACGUAGUAUUUAAGAGUGCGCACCGAAUUUUCAGUGAAAUUUUUAAUUAUUAUAACGAUUCAGACGACCGAUCAUGCAUCUAUCGCUAAGGAUCGUGGCAUGAUGCGAUGAGCUGUAUCCAAUGUGUGGUGGAGUGUGAGACUGGCGGCGGGCGGCAGCCUAAGUAGUAGAUUGGAUCAGUAUGUGAUGAUAGUGUGGCAUUUAUUACUAAACAAAGAGUGUGUUCUGCAUUUACGUACACCCGUAGCAAUGGAGAGCACGCGCAACUUAAUGUAAGAGUUUAUCACCGGUUGUAGUGGAGCGGCGAACGCGGCGGGAAUAUAGCAAGUAGUAGGGAAGCAAUGAACAACCCGCAUCAAAGAUUUCGUGCUGUUUCGGUCUGAUUUGACCGAACUAUUUACUAAACAUCACAUGUAGAUGUUAGUCCAGUUGCUCAGCGGGGAAUAUAUUAAAAGUAAUAUCAUAAAACAUAAAUUAUGAACCGGGCGAAAACGUACACACAUACACACAAACAAAAACACAUUGAGCAUCGUUUGAAAACUUUACGACACUGUGUCUUAUCGCUUCUCGGGAUGAUGGAAUAUGGAAAGAACUUUUCCUGGUUUUCUAAUUUAGUUUCUCGUUUCGCAGAUUGCGAUAUUCUUGUACCAGUAUUUUGACUUUUCUUAAAUGAGAUCUAUUUUUAUACCAAUUUAAUAAGCCAUGGCAAACAGUAAUGAGUGGUGUGCGUAUUGCGUUUUGGACUGAUUACAUUUGGGUAGUUGUUACAAAGUAUGUACGAUGUACGCUCGUUUUAAGUAGCAUACUAUUUUCAUACCAAUUUUUGUGACGCGCUUAUCGGUUUAGCUUAGCCAACCAAUAAUAGGAAAUUAUUUAAUACCAGCCGCCAUGACAAUCUAUUUUUGUAUCUUUUAUACACCUAUUAUCCAAUUUAGUGGGUUGUGUUUUGCCAUUUCCAGCCUUUUCGUUUAACUUUAACUGAACGCGUCAGGGAAGCAAACAAUACAAUGGCCUUUGUAAAGUGCGAUAGGAUGGAAUUAUUUAAAAGUUUAUCUUAUUGGUUGUCAUUAUUUGAAAUCACAAAUUAAAUUAGCACUUUAGCUGGGAAAGGAAAUCGGUAGAAUGACAUAUUUUCGUGACACUCACACAACAAACAUAUUACAUACUAGGGUUGUUGAGCAACUGCAUGAUAUAAAGAAGAGAUAUAAAAACAAAAACAAACUUGUGAAACAAAGAAAUAUAUUAAAUCUGGACGAAAUGAAAUGGAAAAUGCCGAUCGAUGCAAGAUUCCUUCGUCGUUCAAUCUUUUACACGUCGCAAAAGGAAUCUCUUGAUUUUGAUGUUGUCGCGAAUGAGGCAGACCAGUUUUGUGUGGAAAGAUCACUCACAAAUCAAUUAACCUGAAAUUCAACCAGUUGAUAAACAGCACUCACCUCUAACUUAGACUGUAAGAAAAGAAAAGAAGCAUUAACAAGAGAUACGCGUUUAUUUUGGGUACCGUGACGUGUAGCACAACCACAUUUCCUACCAUAUAAUAUCCUUCCCCAUCGCCAGCCCAUUUGAAGCAAAGUGUUUAAGAAACAACCGGCAAUGAGAACAGUUUGGUAGAAUCGAUUCAUUUAAGCAUUUUUGUACGAUAUGCUGUUUCAACAAAACCACUUGGAAAAUGCCAUAAUUCAAGACAGAAAGCAAUGUAAGCGGGAGAACAAUAGGAGGAGAAUGCUACUUGUUUUGUUGAGAAAAUGAAAUGUUUGUGUUCAAGAUUAUUUUAUGUGUGUGUGUGUGUGUGUGUGUGUGUGUGUGUUCGUGUGUCAUCAUCUUAGGCAUACUCCUGGACGAACAUGCGUAAACUUAUGGAUUCUAGUCGAUUUUUAAUUUGUAAUCUAAUGUAAACUGAGUUGCAUCUCGCGCGUUCGUCAUAUUCAUAAUUAACCUCUUUUCCUUCUACUGACUCUGAAAAAUUGCAUUCGAUGAUGAUGGCCCCCUCUCCUCGUUGCCACUCAAGGAUGCAAGGAUACGUUAGUUUACAGGCUUUGUAACGGCGGCGUGAACGAUUGAUCCCACGGAACAAUAAAAAUGUGUGAUUUUGUUUUUCUUUUGUAACAGUUUAACUCAUCUCUCAACAGUUCAGUUAGAAUUGAUAGUAUUUCCGUUUCGUUUAUUAGUUCAUAUUUAGCAUGUAUUAUUAUUUAUUGAUUUCGAUGUGUCUCCGUUGCAGAUAGUGAAAUCAGUUACGAAAAAGACAUAACAAGCACGGAAAACUUCCUCCGAAAGCAACACUAGAUACAGGAGUGAAGAAAAUCCCGUGAAUAAAUUCCUUUUCAUUUCAAUAUGAUUGACAGUGACCAGCUCUAACACAGAGAGAACGUAGUGCAAAAGAAAUAAAGAAACAAUAUUAAAU